GACUUCUCCAAAAAGUGUCUUAGUUCCCGGUCACCUGAGCGCCGGGCGACGCGGCUGCGGGAGCUCCGGCCGUCCACGCCCUCCGCAGGUCCUGCCGGACAAACCUACGCCGCUCCUUCCGGGUGUCCAGUCCGCCACUGCGAACCCUUCAAGGCUCUGUCUUUCUCCUCCUCUUGUUUGGCAGGCACAGACCGAACCGGGCCGAGCCGGGCCGCCGGGGCGCGGUCCCUGACCAUGGCGUCCCUCUUCAAGAAGAAGACGGUGGAUGAUGUAAUAAAGGAACAGAAUCGAGAAUUACGAGGGACGCAGAGAGCUAUAGUCAGAGACCGAGCAGCUUUAGAGAAACAAGAGAAACAGCUGGAACUAGAAAUUAAGAAAAUGGCCAAGAUUGGUAAUAAAGAUGCUUGUAGGGUUUUAGCCAAGCAACUUGUGCAUCUACGGAAACAGAAAACAAGAACUUUUGCUGUAAGUUCAAAAGUCACUUCUAUGUCCACACAAACAAAAGUGAUGAAUUCCCAGAUGAAGAUGGCCGGAGCGAUGUCUACUACAGCGAAAACAAUGCAAGCAGUUAACAAGAAGAUGGAUCCACAGAAGACAUUACAAACAAUGCAGAAUUUCCAGAAGGAAAACAUGAAAAUGGAAAUGACUGAAGAAAUGAUCAAUGACACACUCGAUGACAUCUUUGAUGGCUCUGAUGAUGAGGAAGAAAGUCAAGAUAUUGUGAACCAAGUUCUUGACGAAAUUGGGAUUGAAAUCUCUGGAAAGAUGGCCAAAGCUCCAUCAGCUGCACGAAGCUUACCAUCCGCCUCUACUUCCAAGGCUACAAUCUCCGAUGAAGAGAUUGAACGACAACUGAAAGCAUUAGGAGUAGAUUAGUUAAAAACACUUAAAUUUCUUUUGCUUACUGAAAAUUAUUAAGUAUAAACCAGGCACACACACACACACACACACACACACCAUGAGUAAACAGUUAUUUGCAACAUGGCUAUAAUGCAAUUUUUGCCAAAGAAUGACAAUGAUGCAAAAAUUGGAACAGUUUGAAUCAUACCUAGAACUACUCAGAAGUGAUGAUAUAUAAAAUGUUGACUUGACUUCAUUGCUGCAUGGUAUAGAGAAGGUACCUUCAUUACUUAAGUGUCAAUUUCUAGGUUCUACAUCUU